AUGGCUGGAAAGGCGGAAAACAAAGUUGCUGAAAAGAAGGCCGCAUUUGCUCCUGCGGAGGCAUUUCAGAAGCAUGGAUAUGAGUUCUUUGGGCCCCCAGGGACUUUUAUCCUAAUCAUCGUUCUCCCGAUUCUCAUCUAUAUAUUUCCCUUCAUCUGCAACGAUAUUUCCGGAUGUCCAGCACCAUCCCUCCUCCAUCCUUCUACUCUUGUGCUUGAUACCUUAAAGCGAGAAGUUGGAUGGCCUGAAAAUGGUUUGAGGGGCCUUUACGAUGGCCAAGUAACCCUCUAUGUCCUUGGCUACUACCUUCUCCUGCUGGUUCUCCAAAUUGUGUUACCGGGGCAAGAGGUAGACGGAGUAGUUCUAGCAGGUGGAGGAAGACACAAGUAUAAAUUCAACAGUGAGUAA